AUGUAUAGAGGAAGUUUGGCACGUCUUGUUAGAAGCGUAUCACCUUACGUUAUCAGAAGACAACACGUGAUCCCGUGUCAUCUUGGCAGGGCCUAUGUAUUUCGGCCUAUACCUUCCUUAAGAGUUCCGAGACAUUUUUCCUGCGACACUGCUAGUCAAGAUGGUAUUGUCUCGGCACAAGCGGCAGAAGCUAAUUCCACUGGUAACAGACAAGAGACAAUACUAAGUAAGAUCCUUUCAAUGGAGAAAGCCUUAGAGCUGCUUCAAGCCUACAAUACUUACAAAGAUGCGGGCGAUAUCAUGACUCAAGCAAGUAGAAUUGCAGUCCUGCGCUGUAUUGCAUAUAUUGUACAGAGGGAUGGUGCACAGAGGUUUGCUCUAAAAGCAGAAAUUGAUAAAGAAUCGCAAGGAAAUGAGAGUAUGUUUUUGGACUUGCUCGAUAACAUUUCGGAGUGUAUUUCCGAAUCUGGUAAUAGUGACCUAGCAAGUAUCAUAUGGUCUCUUGGUAAAAUUGGACCAAUUGCUGUUGGGUUUGAAAACCACUCCGUAGCGCAAGUUUGCGAGCAAGAGAUUCUGUCCAGAGAAAUUACUUCUUUCAGCACCAAGGAUAUAAACAAGAUUUUGUCUGGACUCGCUUCCCUUGUCAUGAGAAAAAGCAAGGUUUUUGACGAAGUGGAAGGGGCAAUUGUUUCCGGAAGAAUACAGAUCUCAAGUUUUGAGAAUCAAGGUCUGGUUGGCAGUCUGAGGUCUUUUUCUCAAACAGGAAAUGGUUCCCUUAUCUUGUUUGAACUUUAUUGCAAGGAUGUGUACUUCAGAGGCAUGGAGACAUUUAAACCUUUUGAGCUUUUUCAGCUGGUUUCAUUAUUUGCCAAGAAAGGUGUUAAGGCUGACGAACUGUUUUCACACACAGAGCAGAAGGUGAUAAGGAUGGGAAUUGAAAGCCUUAGUAACACUGAUAUUUUCUUGAUACUUUGGACAUUUGCCCACAAAAAAUCGGACAGACUUCAUGACCAAGUUUUUAGUCAUAUGGACCAAGAAUUUGUCAAUCAUGGCAUGAGGCGGUUUUUGCCUUUUUUACUUUCAAACAUUCUUUGGUGUUUUGCGAAGGCAGGGAAGCAUAAUGCAAAAGCGUUUGAUCUCNUUUGCCAAGAAAGGUGUUAAGGCUGACGAACUGUUUUCACACACAGAGCAGAAGGUGAUAAGGAUGGGAAUUGAAAGCCUUAGUAACACUGAUAUUUUCUUGAUACUUUGGACAUUUGCCCACAAAAAAUCGGACAGACUUCAUGACCAAGUUUUUAGUCAUAUGGACCAAGAAUUUGUCAAUCAUGGCAUGAGGCGGUUUUUGCCUUUUUUACUUUCAAACAUUCUUUGGUGUUUUGCGAAGGCAGGGAAGCAUAAUGCAAAAGCGUUUGAUCUCAUAAACCAGGAACUCGUUCUGCGUGAUCUAAGCACCUUCCGCAAGUACUUUUCUCAAAUUUUGUGGUCAUUUGCUGUUGCGGAAAAAGACUAUGCUGAACUUUAUGAGAAAAUCGUUGAAGAAUUCUUGUGCAUGGACUUGGAAAGCAUUGGUAACAAGGAUUUGUGUCAAUAUGCGUGGAGCUUUGGAAAACUUGGAAUCACGAAUGAGAACAUCUAUAGGAAAAUUGAAAAAGAAAUUUUUAGCCGUGAUCCCUCUACCCUCAAGUAUCUCGAUAUACAGAGGCUUCUGACUGGGUUUGCUCAUGCCAAGGAAGGGAGUGGAGAGUUGUUCGAGUACUUAGAAGAUGCGAUUAUGGCC